GGUCGAUCAAUAAUGUCAACAACAACAACAACAACAUUGAUAAAGAAUGUCAUAUUGGACAUUGAAGGCACGACAACACCUAUAUCAUUUGUGCACGAUGUUCUCUUCCCAUACAUUCGCUCACAUUUGAGACAACACUUGGAGCAACAUUGGUCAGAUGCACAGCUACAGGACGAUAUUGCAACGCUGCGAUGUGAUGUUGACAACGUCCCUUCUUCAAUACCACCAGUCGCACAGGUUGGCUCGAGCGAUGAACAGAUUAUCGAUUCGGUGGUGCGCAACGUCACCGCGCAGAUGGACAUUGAUCGCAAAUCGACUGCGCUCAAGCAGUUGCAAGGACAUAUGUGGAGCACGGCGUACGAGUCGGGCCAGAUAAAGGGCGUAGUCUUUGAGGACGUGCCACUUGCAUUUGCUCGCUGGCAAAAGACAUCCACCAAUGUCUACAUAUACAGCAGUGGCUCUGUCGCUGCACAGAAGUUGCUGUUUGGGUACUCUGUCGCAGGCAACCUGCUCACUAUGCUACAUGGCCACUAUGACACAAACAUUGGAAGCAAACUAGAGUCAGAGAGCUACCGCAAGAUACUGCAAUCUAUCAAUUCGGGCAAUGCCGCCGACAACCUAUUCAUCACCGAUUCUCAACGCGAGGCACUGGCGGCCACCGAUGCCGGACUGUAUGUGCUGCUGAGUGUUCGACCUGGCAAUCCAUCACUCGAUCCACAAUACAAAACGGAGAACAUACCUCAGAUAACAAGCUUUGAUCAAGCAUUUGAUAAAUAUACAUUCAUCAAC